CUCUGGUUUGUGGCGAGUGUACAGCAAGAGCACAGCCCAGAAAUGGUGUAGGAGAGCAGGAGAGAAGGAAGAAAUCAAACCCAGGGAGGGACAUACAAGGCCUAAGGCUUAAGUUAAAGUGCGUGUGUUUGUUUUCUCGACGAGUGCCAGCAUGCUUCCAGGCUCUUUUGAAAGGAGCGAGCUCACCAAUCUGACAGUUUGAUGGAUGGCACUGGAGCUGUGAUGCAAGUGACCCACUUCUUGGAAGUCACUAUUUUGGAGUAGAUAUGCCUCUGUUAGUUCUUGAAGCUCAGAUCAGACCAUGGUUUAUGCUUCUGCUUCUUCAUGCAUGGACAGGAGAUCAGAAUAUACUAAGCUUGAAUAGACUGUGUCAGCGGGGCAGUCGUGGGUCAAAGCUGAGGCGUCAAGGUGGCACCAUGGAGGGUGAGCAGGGUCCACCUGCUUCCAGUGCCAGCAUGGCAAGCACCUCCAGCUCCUCCACAAACACUACAAGUUCUACAACCAGCACCAGCAGUACGCCUAACACAACCAACACCACCAACACCUCCACCGUACCCAGCAGCAGCAGUGCUAGCUCAAGCAGCAGCACUAGCAGUGGCAGACAAACUGUUUCUCAGAUAUCAGUAUACAGUGGAAUACCUGACCGACAAACUGUACAGGUUAUUCAGCAGGCAUUGCACAGGCAGCCGAGCACAGCGGCCCAGUACCUGCAGCAGAUGUAUGCAGCUCAGCAACAGCAUCUUAUGCUUCAGACUGCAGCACUGCAGCAGCAGCACCUCAGCACAGCUCAGCUCCAGAGUCUGGCAGCCGUGCAGCAGGCCAGUAUAGCUGCUGGUAGGCAGAACUCCACACAGAACGGCACCUCAUCCACCCAGAGCGGAUCCUCACAAACUACUAUUAAUUUAACAACGUCUCCUGCCACAGCUCAGUUAAUAAGCCGUGCCCAGAGUGUAAACUCCUCCCCUUCGGCCAUCUCUCAGCAGGCAGUGCUGCUAGGCAACGCCUCAAGUCCCACCCUCACAGCCACCCAGGCGCAGAUGUACCUGCGUGCGCAAAUGGCUCAGCAAAGUAACCUGGUGCAUGUAGCUAGGAGUCUUGGCCGAGCUGUUCCUCUCUCUCCCCAGCUUAUCCUCGCUCCCACUGCUACUGUGACUGCUCUUCAAUCUGACACCAGUGGAACCAGCAACACCCAGUCUGCAUCUGCACAGGUGCAGAAUCUUGCCCUUCGCAGUCAUCAGGGGGCGACGUCCUCCUCUCAAUCCACUGGUCUACAGGCACUGAGCCUUAAGCAGACUCCUGUCUCCAUCCAGCCUACUCCACUCAUCAAGACCCCUAGCCAGAGUGCCUCUAACUCAGGGACCAUCACAGGGAAGGGUGGGCUCCCUGUGCUCACAACAGAUGGAGGGAAGAAACCAGAGAGCGGAGAGACUGAAGCCAAGGCAGUGAAUAUGAGCCGCAGUGUGACAUCGUCUCAGCCCCUUAUCACACCAACAUACGCCCAGAUCCAACCCCAAGCUCUGAUCAAGCAGCAAACGCAACAGUUUGUCAUUCAAUCCCAAGCUCCACCUACGCCUCGAAUGCAGACCCAAUUACUACAGACUGCCUCAAUCCAGCCCCACCCACAAGCAACUGCCUCGCUUGGCCUCCAGAGCUCCUCAGCUGGAGGACCUGUCCCUGUCUUGCCUAAACCACCAGGCCCCAGCCAGGGAUCAGCUCCGAGCCAACAAGCUACCAUCUUCCAUUCCACAGUGAGCCAGCACUCAGGCCUAAACCAGUCUAAAGCUCAGCCUGUCCAGCUUACAGCCAUCAACCUGCAGAUCCAACCUGCACAUAGCCAGGCCUCCAGACUUGCUCAGGACAGUAAAGAUAAGCCAACAUCCCUGGUAAUAAGAGAAAUUUGCCCACCUCUUGGUGCCCAGGUGCCUACAUCUGCACCAUCACAGGACACCAAUCCUCCAGAGCCACCUAAAGCUGACACUGGGACUGCCACAGGUCAAACUCAAGGUGCUGUGGAAACCCCGAGCACAGCCUCCAUGACCCCCCGAGGAGAAAGUGAGCCAGCUAACGGUGAAAACAAACCACCUCAGGCUAUCGUGAAGCCCCACGUGCUCACACAUGUGAUUGAAGGCUUUGUCAUCCAAGAGGGAGCUGAACCAUUUCCAGUGGAGAGGCCUCCAGUUCAGACAGACAGCCUUAAGAAAUCAGAGAAGCCCCUGCCUUCAGACUCACAGAAAACUCCACUGAGCAACGCCCCCACAACCACUGACUCUGAGCCUGAGGAACCCUCACAACAAGAUCCAGCAGUGAGAGAUGAGGAGGACACGGAAGAGCCCAAGCUGACGUGCGAGUUGUGUGGAAGGGUCGACUUUGCCUACAAGUUUAAAGGCUCUAAGCGCUUUUGCUCAGUGGUGUGUGCGAAAAGGUACAACGUUGGGUGCACAAAGCGGAUUGGCCUCUUCCACCCUGACCGCUCCAAAACUGCCAAUCGGUGGAGACGAAGGUCACACAGUCGAGGGUGCAGAAGUACAGAGGCCAAGAAACAGAGGCUGUCUGUGUGCCAACAGUCCCAGGGCGAGUCCGUGUCCUCUCCACUCCCUUCUCAACCCAGUCAAGGAGAGUCCAGUCCCUGCUCAGACAUCUCCAGUUAUGAGGAACCACCAUCUCCUCUAUCUGCAGCCAGCUCCAGCCCUGUGGGGCCACCCCGAGGGCCCUCCACUUCAGAUCCAGAAGACGUUCCAACACUCAGUGAGCACUUCCUGCCAUGUGACCCUACCAAGUGGAAUGUGCAGGAGGUGUUUGAGUUCAUCCACUCUCUGCCAGGUUGCCAGGAAAUUGCGGAUGAAUUCCGGUCUCAAGAGAUUGAUGGACAGGCCAUGCUGCUACUGAAGGAGGACCAUUUAAUGAGCGCUAUGAACAUCAAAUUAGGUCCAGCGCUCAAAAUCUUCGCCCGCAUUAACAUGCUCAAAGACUCCUAGCCUCAGAAGGCAUAGUGAGUGUGUGUGUGUGUGUGUGUGUGUGUGUGUGUGAAAGAUUUAUAUGUUUCUCAGUGGUCAUCUAAAGAUGACCUCAUAAAUACAGAUGCACUAUAAUGUUUUAAUAAAAUCUGUACCUCCUGAGGGUCAACAAAUGGAAGGAAACAAGGACAAAGUAUCUAUGAAGGAUGGCACAAAUACUAAUGCCCACUCACAAAGUACACAGUACCUUUGAGAAUGCUGAAUAGCAGUACAUCAGCACAGGAUGUUUAAAGACACUCUUGAUACAGGGCUAUCAGAUGGCACAAGGUAUAAACUUUCACAUCCAACAUACGUCCAUAUGUGAACAGAGUAAUUUCAGCGUUUUAUACCUUGUCCUAUUCACAGCUGUAUAAUAUUGUUGAUUUCAGAAGUUAUUUUAUCUUUUUGUACAUGCCUGAUCCUUUUAUAUAAUUAUGUUCAAGUAAAUUAUUCAUAUGUGUGUAUGUGUGUGAAAGUGUUUCUAAGUUAAGCCUCAGAAAAUUGGUGCUAAACAGUAUGGGUAUAACCCAGUCACUAAUUGGUCACUACAUUUUGUUGUUUAGAUUUUUAACACAAAUGAAAAUCAGUAUAAUAACUUUUAGAAUGGGAAAGGCAAUGCAGGUAUUCCUUUCCAGACAUGCCUUUUAUUGGGUUAUACCUGUAUUAGGAAUACUUUUUCAUCAGCCCAAAGGACAGCCCAAGCACUCUUCCUCAAUGAGACCUUGUUUGAGACUUUGGAACGAUAAACUGUUCUUUAACGUGUUGCGGGAUAUCAGUGUGUGUUUCUAGACAGAAUUGUAAUGAUGUCUUGUGUCUUUGUUGGGCAUGCCUUGUGAAAUGCCUGUAUUUAUCAAAUGGAUUCAAAUUGGUAAUAUAAUUUUCAUUUUUUAAAUGAAAAAUUUUGUUUUGUAUAACAUUUUUUGAACAGUGUUUCUGGACAUCUUGUCAUCCUACUUUCUAGGGGGAAAAAAAAGUAUGGUUGCCAAUUAUCUUUAUAUUGUAUCAGCAUUUAAAGCAGCACUGAAUGAUUUUGGCAAGAGCCAGCUAAUUGAGAGCCAGGUAAGAUUUCUUCAGACCUCACUGAACGCACACUGCUUAAAAAUGAUACAGUGAGUGUGCUAUGGAUACACUUAGCAUUAAUCAUAUGUAUCAAAAAUUGUUUUAAAAAAUAUUUAGCAGGACUAACUAUAAGAAAUGCAGCAAUCUAUUAAGUCAAGUUGUUAUUAUGAAAAUUUGCUGGUGGAUGAAUGAAUGUUUAUUGCUGUUAUAACUUAAGUAAAAACAGGAACUGAAUUGUUUCACAGAGAUUCGAUAAAAUUAAAUGAAGAUAUUUAUGGAUAUAAAAGUAAGGGAUGUCAUUCAGAUUUGACAAAUUGCUGUGGUGUAAGGGGAAUAAAGUUGUUAAAUAAAACUCUUCAGAAUGUACUGUUAUAGGAAAAUAAUCAAUUAUAGGUGGCAUCAUUACACCAGGCCUUUGGUGAUGAUUUUUCUAUAACAGCAUGACUGAGUUUUGUUCCUUUCAUAGCACUUUUAUACAACGUAUAUGAAUAAAUUUGUUGAACAGGCUGAC